CCCCUUUACCAAGCAUUAAAAAUAGCAACUCCCUUAGAUUUUAAAAGAGUUUUAGAUUUGCAAAGAUAAAUGAUUAAGAGGACAAGGAUAAAUAAAUGAUUUAAAAAAGAAGUAUACCAGCUUUAGGGGUCGGGGAUCCGUGUGAUUGUUGGAUCCCUGUCUAAAACUUCCCACUCAGAGGGGUAGAUCAUAUCACUAUAGCUUUUUUUACUUCCUCUUUUCUUCUUUUUGUUAUAUGCAAUAACCUUCAGCUUGUUGUAGUUUGCAUUAUUUUGUAAACGUGUUUAAGAUAAACGAUCGUCAACUCUAAAUGUCGGUAAACGAUCGUCAACUCUAAAUGUCGGUAAACGAUCGUCAACUCUAAAUGUCGGUAAACGAUCGUCAACUCUAAAUGUCGGUAAAUGAUCGUUAACUCUAAAUGUCGGUAAACGAUCGUCAACUCUAAAUGUCGGUAAAUGAUCGUUAACUCUACAGAGAUCGUCAAAUGUCGGUUAAGGAAUAAACAAAGUGAGGCGCUAAGGACAUGUGAUUGGGGCACGCGUGACGCUACUUUGACCUCCACAGACUGGACCCCAUUUAGGGCAAAGAUUUUAGAACCAUUUGAUCCAUUUGGGAGAAAAAACGAUUGCACUCCAAUCGUCAGUUGAUCCUCAAUUAUAUAAAAUUUCUGGUUUGUGUAUGAGUCUUUUUUAGGGUACCUGCAGGGCUGAACGUCUACUUCUUUAGAUUUUUGGGGGUAGUUCAAAGCUAGGAAACAUAUAAACAAUAUCUUGAAAAAAUAUCAUGCAAAUAGUUGUGGCACUUAUUUAACGAAAAGAGAUUUUUUAAAUGUCUUUCAAAAUUUGUUGCAUAACAUUUCUUCAAAAUUUCGAAGUUGUCCAAAUAUUGUUUGAGCAUAAGCGUAAUUCUAUCAAUAAAAAUUAUUCCCUGUUUUCAGAACAACUGACACUUCCUCUAACCCGACCUAUGGGAGACAGUUCAGUUGCUUUGGCCACAAAGGUGUAAAUUCUACGCAGGAAGCAUGAAAAAGCGGAAGCAAGUCGAAAAUUAUUAUAUGAAAAUUUUACUGCAGGGGAAUGAGAAAUCGAAAUUCCUAGUAUCAAUUAUCAAUUUUUUUUAACAACCCUUAGUGGCAAAUAUUGCCGCGGAGGAGCUACUGAUGUACCACUAUUAUUGAAUUGAAUUGCUUACUCGGUUGCCAGGUAAACAAGUUUUCUAAUAGGCCUAAGUGCUAGUGUAUUUUCUACUACUAACUAAACUGCAAACUCAACUCAAAUUCCAAAAACCAUUCUGCUUAUGUUAUCGAAAUGGAUUAUAAAAGGCUAUUUGAUGAAGUUGUUGAAGCCUUAGAAAAGUUCAAAGUGAGGGACCGAGGAAUCCGUGAAUACAUAACGACAUUUGUUGAAGAAAAAUAUGACAAGGUAGUGAAACGAAAUGACGAAAGUGCGGUUUUCCUAACUGAAGUUUUUGAAGGAUGUGUGCGAUUUUCUGGUGCUUUGAAGGUAGUUGUUGAUAGAUAUUACAAGACUGAUGGAAAGAACUGUUUAAAGUCAUACAGAAAUAACUACAAUGUUGCAUUGUACUUAGCAUUGUUCAGAUUGGAUGAACUUGGGAUCUCACAUUUCAGAAAAUUCAUGCUAACUCAAGACCUAAAAAAGAUUGUACAGUUUUUAGAGUUUGUUUUUGAUGAACUGAAUUUAAAGACAUGGAUGUUUGCAGAAUGGUGCAAAUUGUAUGAACACAGUUAUGUUCAAAUUCAACUUCUUUCUCCAAUUUUAAGGUGGCUGCCAGAGCUUCAUGAGAUGCUUAGCAACCUGAAUAGCAGAAUGACAGGUGAAGGAAAACUAAAGGGUCCCAAACCUCUAACAGCAUUAAAGCCAUUCGCAUUGACAAAGCCAAGGCCUCGAAGUGUUCCAAUCCCAGAAAAGAUUCCAAAGCUUGAGAAACACAAACCGGCGCCGGUAUCGACAUACAAAGGACCAAAAGAAAAAGAAAUACUUUCGAAGAGAAGUGAAGAAAACAGAAAGCGAGCUGAGAAACGACUGAUGGAAGCAUCUAUGAGCCAAUUUUCUUGCGCAAAUGCAGAGAAAUCUGAAAAGACAAAAGAAAGGAUACGAAAGCAUAUCCAAGAAGUCAAUGCAAAGCUUGAUUUCACGAGACACAAGGCAAGAUCAGCACCAUCACAGACAGGGAAUAUUCCAAUACGAUUGAACGCAGCGGCCAUUAUGAGAGAAGGAGCUUUGAUAAACCAGAAAGAGGACGACAUUGAUAAAAGGUUAACAAAUUUUGCGAUGGGCGGACGAGAUGCCUCCGAGUUUAUGAAAUGGCAGCAAGAAAUGAAGGAGCGGGACCUCGAAGAGCAGCUUGCUGAAAUCGAACGCCGACGUCUUGCAGGUAAAAUCAGCUUCGAAGAUGCUAUACUUGCCCGCCAGAAUUUGAUUAAGGAGAACAAACAGAGAGUUUCAGAAAUUAAGAAAGAGACAAGGGAGAUGAUGGAUGAAUAUUUGCAAGAAAAACUCAAAAAAGAUAAUGAAAUGAGAAAUCUUGUUCAACAAAUAAUGGAUGAUGCCGAGAAAACCAAAGAAGCUAAAAUUAAGUUGAAAGAAUAUAAAAAGAAAAUUGUACAAGAGGUAAACAAGGAGAGCCAGGCGCUCAUGAAAGCAGCAUUAGAAGAGGCAGAAGAAGAAAUGAGACAAAAGAUUUCACUUAUUGCCAAAAUUCGAGCGAUAGAAAGUGUACCAGUGAUGCGUUUCAAGUUUGUUGAUCUUACUGAAAGCUCAGGCGCUGGAUUGCUUGGUGAGAUGUCAGUUGCAGAGCUAAAAGAAAGGUUAUCGUUGUUAAAAGUCGCUGAGAAGGAGGAAGAGGAGAAGAAAAGACAGGAAAUUAUUCAAGCGAAAGUAGACAAAGAUCAAUUUCUUAUGGAUACUCUUGAAAGUAUAGCUCAAAGACGAGCAGAAAAAGAAAAAGAAAAUGCAAAGAGGGAGGAAGAAAGGAAGCGACAAAAGCAAAGAGAGCUCAAAGAUGAAAAAGUCCUUGAGCUUCAGCAGAGGCUCUUGGAAAAAAGAACAGAAAGACAAAGAGAAAGCCAGAACCAAAGAACUAGACCCGUGCGAAGUACGAGGCAGAAAGAACUCUUGAAAGAAAAGAAAAACCUGGAAGAGCUGCGUUGGUCGGAGCUUGAAAAAACUCGCGAAAGAGCCGCUAAAUUGCAUUCAGGAAGAACAGGAAAUAGCCGUAUUAUAAGUAAUUUACAAACAUGAGAAGAUGAAUCAAGGCUUUAAGAAAUACAGUUAGUUUAUUAAUCAUUGGUUUUGUAUAUAAUGUCUUGUAAAUUGAAAUUACUGAUUCGAAA